AUGCGUGCAAUGCGGUUAGCCACAUUAGGUUGUUAUUCUUCACCUUCGCCCCACUGCCUCGACAACAGGCUUCGCAGUCGCUUUUUAUCUCUCACACGGCAGACGGGAAUAGACCCAUCUCACCCAUGCAUAAUGCAUCAGCUGAGCAGGAAGCCUAACAGUUACGUCGCGUAUGGUUGCGGACGCGUCGCGAGACCGGUCAUGCGAUGCAAAAACACAUGCCGAAAGACAACCGGCAACCAGUCCUCAGACCUCGUCUCGUCGCUGGCCCAACCCCGCGUCGAGAAGGAGUUCGAAGAGGCAACUUGCUCGGCCGACCAAUCAUGUGAAACCAGUCGGCUCAUCGCCAUAAUCCUGUUGAGCUCACGUCAUCUGUACGAUCGAGUGGCUGGCCGGCUGGCGUUCGGAAGAGGCAGAGUUGAUCGACAACUUGUUGACCUGCCGCGUGCUCAUUCUACAACCGCUUAA